CCGCCCGACGUCCUGGGCCGCGGCGGAGCGCCGAGCCGCAUGUAAGAUGCUCUGACCUUUGACCCCUGCCUUUCAGAAGUCGGUCCCGUGCAGGCCCGAGCCUUCUUCCACACCCAUGAACACGUCCCCGGGCACGGUGGGCAGUGACCCGGUCAUCUUGGCCACCGCGGGCUAUGACCACACGGUGCGGUUCUGGCAGGCCCACAGUGGGAUCUGCACGCGCACCGUGCAGCAUCAAGACUCGCAGGUGAACGCACUGGAGAUCACGCCCGACCGCAGCAUGAUCGCUGCUGCAGGUUACCAGCACAUUCGCAUGUAUGAUCUCAGCUCCAACAACCCCAACCCCAUCAUCAGCUACGACGGGGUCAACAAGAACAUCGCGUCCGUGGGCUUCCAUGAGGAUGGCCGCUGGAUGUACACGGGUGGGGAGGACUGCACUGCUCGGAUCUGGGACCUCAGGUCCCGCAACCUGCAGUGUCAGCGGAUCUUCCAGGUGAAUGCACCCAUUAACUGCGUGUGCCUGCACCCCAACCAGGCGGAGCUCAUUGUGGGUGACCAAAGCGGCGCCAUCCACAUCUGGGACUUGAAGACUGACCACAACGAGCAGCUGAUACCCGAGCCCGAGGUCUCCAUCACAUCUGCCCACAUCGACCCCGAUGCCAGCUACAUGGCAGCCGUCAACAGCACCGGGAACUGCUACGUCUGGAACCUGACUGGGGGCAUCGGUGACGAGGUGACACAGCUCAUCCCCAAGACCAAGAUCCCCGCGCACACCCGCUACGCCUUGCAGUGCCGCUUCAGCCCUGACUCCACGCUCCUCGCCACCUGCUCGGCCGACCAGACGUGCAAGAUCUGGAGGACGUCCAACUUCUCCCUGAUGACGGAGCUCAGCAUCAAGAGCAGCAACCCGGGGGAGUCCUCCCGAGGCUGGAUGUGGGGCUGCGCCUUCUCGGGGGACUCGCAGUACAUCGUCACGGCCUCCUCGGACAACCUGGCUCGGCUCUGGUGUGUGGAGACAGGAGAGAUCAAGAGAGAGUACGGGGGCCACCAGAAAGCUGUGGUCUGCUUGGCCUUCAAUGACAGUGUGCUGGGCUAACCGGUGACCCCUCAGGACCGCAGGCAGCCGUCCGGGCAGCAACUGCUGAGGGUGUCUGUUCCGACGCACAGCUCAGAAUGACCGUCCGCCAGCCCCGGCCAGCUGGACCUGAGCUGCUGGCUUGGACGGGCCAGGCCAACACACCCUGGGAUCCUGUCAGCUCCCCGUGGCUUAUGUGGACGUGACGAGUGUCAGGAGGCUGACCUGAGCCAGCCUGCACUUGUUUCAGCAAUUCCAGAUCCGCACAACCUAGGGGAUCUGAGGCCGGUGCCCCAUCCCAAGCCAGAGCUCCCCCCACUCUCUGCCCCUGUUGUGUUCUGAAGCCACAGAGAACACCAUCAGGCCAGGUGGAGAGUUUAUUAGCCCCGCCGGCAGCCACCUUCCAGGCAGCUGGUGACGGGGACGGCCAGCUGGCUGGCCUGUGGGGCUGGGCCGGGCUUUGAGCUCAGUCUGGGAGAUAAUAAAAGCAGACCGACACACA